AUGGCAACGUGGCAGUUUAAUAUUUGUCGACGUCGACCUCGUUCUGCUCGAUACUAUCAAGUAUUUGGUCGAGAACCUGAAUAUCCAUGUUCAGUAUAUUUUUUCCAAUUUCUUCUUAGUGGAUUUAAAUGUAUAUUUUUUUAUGGUUUACUUUUUUUACUUAUUAAAUGGUAUAUAUGGCCAACACUUAUACCAAAUCUUAUGAAAUAUGAACGAGUUCAAAAGACAUUUAAUCAUUCAUCAUCUCUUAUUAAUCGUUUAAAAUCAAAUAGAAAACUAUCAUUUGAAUGA